AUGUGGUUGCCUAACCUCGAGUUCGACGACUAUGUUAUAACCGAUGACACAUUGUCUUCGUUCUUGAGCUAUCGCGAUUUUAUCGACAAGAAACUGCCAUUGCAUAGAUCUCCAGUCAUAGAAAGCCUGCUCCUCAGAUUUCGUCAGAGUAUAUUGCCUCAACCUGAGAAAUUUAAACAGUGGGUUGAGAUUGCGGUUUCUCGCUCCCUGCGCGAGCUAAGUGUUGUCUAUUAUUGGUUCAUUGCCAAACCUUUCGAUGCAUUAUCAUUUCCGAGUAGUUUGUAUACAUGCAGUUCCCUCACGACUCUGAAACUUCAAGGCGGGAACGUUCUCGUGGAUGUUCCUCCAACUGUUUGUCUCCCUUCUUUGAAGACCUUGCAACUUCGAUUUGUGGAUGAAGAUUCUCUCCGGCUGAUUCUAUCUUCUUGCCCUGUUCUUGAAGAUCUGCUUAUUGAACUGAAAAGAGAGUACAAGACGAGAGUGAUAAACGUUAAUAUACCGUCUUUGCAGCGUUUAUCCUUGUGGUUGGUAGGAGAUGUUAGAUAUUUUUCUGAAAGCUAUGUGGUUGCUACUCCUUGUUUGAAGUAUCUCAAGAUUGUGGCUGAAAAAGAAAGUUUCAUCUCUUUGACUGAGCCUAUGGUAAAGCUGGAAGAGGCAGAUAUUGAUGUUGUGGAAGAUGUUGAGAAGAUUCUCCAAUCAGUCACAUCAGUCAGACGUCUUUCAUUGCGUGCAUUAUGCAACAGUCCCCAAGAGUUUGUGUAUCCUGUUGGUAUCGUCUUCAAUCAGCUUCAACAUCUGAAGCUGUGUAUAUGCCGCAAGGAUUGGUCCAGUUUGCUUAUCUUGUUCCUCGAAAAUUCUCCUAAACUGCAAGUUCUCAAACUCUACGUCGAUACUUCCAUGUCUAACAUACGUCUCCUGAACUACAGGUUCCAAAGAAUUCUGAAGCUCCAAGGGUUAAUCCCAAAUCGCAGGUGA